AAUAACUUGUGGCUAUUGCCGAACAAUUGCGCAUAAGGCAGUUUGAAGUUAGGCAUAUCAUUGAAAAGGUGUUAUAUUUCCUUUUGGGCUUUCUGCGUCCUUCCAACUCAAAAACUUCCAUUUUCACAAACUUUCAUUUGUACGUCCUAGUGUGUGAGUCCAAGAUUUAAAUGUAUAGUCACAGGAGACACGUUUGAAAAUGAUUCUGUACUCGAUAGUAUCACAAGCUGGAACUAAAAAAUCUGCAGAUGACAACAAGAGAAGAAAGCUAUGGAUCAGAAGCCAUGGGCAGCAUCAACCAUGUUCAACGCAUUCCAAAGAGCCAGGCGGAGACCCCGAGCCCAUCAAGUGCCUUCGAAACAGAUCCCGAAGUCGAAAUGGAAAUAACUUCAGUUAACCCCCAAGAAAAUAGUGAUAAUGACAAUGGAAGACUUCCAGACGUCGUGGUCGAAACAAAAAUAUACGAGGAGGAAGAACAAAUUCACGAAACUUAUUUCUCAAUCGCAAUACAAGUUUUUAUUCCGUUUUUGAUAGCUGGAUUCGGGAUGGUGUUUGCCGGUCUGGUUCUAGACAAAAUACAGCAUUGGCCAGUAUUCGAGGAAAUAACAGAACUAGUAAUAUUGAUUCCAGCCCUUUUGGGUCUGAAGGGAAAUUUAGAGAUGACUUUAGCGUCAAGAUUAUCCACGCAAGCAAAUUUAGGUCAUAUGGAUACACCUAAACAAAAACUCAAUAUUAUUGUUGGCAAUUUAACUCUAAUUCAGUGUCAAGCAAUUGUUGUCGGUUUCCUGGGAGCUGUAGUUGCAAUUGUGAUGGGGGGAAUCAAAAGCAAUGACGUUGAAUUGGACCACGCUUAUCUUUUAUGUGCCAGUAGCCUAGUAACUGUUUCCAUAGCAAGUUUUGUACUGGGGUUGAUAACGGCUGGUGUUAUAGUCUUAUCUAGACACUGCCAUAUAAAUCCAGACAACGUAGCUACUCCCAUAGCUGCAAGCUUGGGGGACAUCACAUCCCUCACGCUGUUAUCAUGGGUCGCAACUAUGUUAUAUGAGUCCAUAGGUACCCAAGACUGGUUGGCUCCAGUUAUUAUAGCAGGCUACAUCUUGGCCAUACCUCUCUGGGUUUGGAUAGCAAAGAGGAAUCUGCAUACCCGUGAUGUUCUCUACCAUGGAUGGACACCUGUCAUGGGUGCCAUGCUCAUAAGUUCGAUGGGGGGUUUGAUUCUAGACUUCAUGGUUUCACGCUUUGAGGGAAUUGCUGUUUAUCAACCAGUAAUAAAUGGAGUUGGUGGAAAUUUGGUUGCAGUUCAAGCUAGCAGAAUUUCAACUGCCCUCCACAAGUCAGCAGAGCUAGGCAUUCUAACGUCAGAAAACAAUACUGAUGAAGAUACUGUCAUUUUCAUUUCACCUGUUACUGGUUUCUGUGGAAAAGGCAUGCAUGCUAGAACCACCAGGGUCCUCAUGUCGAUGGUCAUUCCCAGUCACAUAAUUUUCAUCUACACUAUUGAUUAUAUGAAGGAUUCUGGCUCCCUCAGCUCAUGGUUUGUAGUAGUGUACCUGUGCGCAGCUGUCAUGCAAGUGGCUACCCUUCUGUAUGUUGCUUAUAUUAUGAUCCACUGGAUGUGGAAAAGAAAAAUUGAUCCUGAUAAUUCUGCAAUACCUUAUUUGACGUCGAUUGGAGACCUUUUAGGAAUUUCAUUGCUUGCCAUUGCUUUCCAGUUCCUGUACCUAAUUCGUGACCAUGAUCCUGGAACAACGGGUAACUGAUAGAGUGGUUGCAAAUUUGAUUCGACACACCCCUCAGUAUAUUUGUUGUGAUAAAUUGAAUCGACAAUAGAUGUUAGAUAUAUCUACAUAGAGAUCAAUUGGUUUUACGUUUCAAAUCCAGGUGGAAAAAUGUAGAUGAAAAUAAUUAGGAAGUAUUGUUUUAAUUUCUUGGGUGUAUUUUUGUUAAUUAAUAAAAUUAUAUUUUAUUUUUC